CAUACCAAACAGAUGAGGCCAUAGGUUGCUUACAAGCCAUUAGACGAUUUGUCACCACACUAUUGUCUUUAGUUUCCCUCCCCCUAUAUGUAGCCCUGCCUCUAUAUACACUUUUUUGCAGAGACACGCACAAACAAUGGUUCAUUUGGUUUCUCCAUACAAAGCCAUGAGCUCAAAGCUCUUCCUAACCACAUCAACAGUUCUUGUAUUAUCAGUCUUUCUCUCAUCAAUUGAUCAGAUUAAAAUUGUCUCUCAUUUGUUUCAAACCAAGUUAUCUGCUAGUGACAAGCAUAUCAUUCCAAUUGUGGACGCAGUUGGGCCUGAGAGCUUUGCCUUUGACCCACAAGGCAGAGGUCCAUACACCGGUGUAUCAGACGGCCGGAUUGUCAAGUGGCUACAAAAUGAACGGCAGUGGAUUGGUUUUGCUGUGACCUCUCUGCAUAGAGAUGCUUGUGAAGGUUCACAUGACCAUGAACAAAUGGAGCACAUUUGUGGGCACCCAUUGGGCCUCCGGUUCGACCAAAUGUCCGGCCAUCUCUACAUCGCCGAUGCAUAUAUGGGCCUUGCCGUCGUAGGCCCUGAGGGUGGCUUGGCCACCAAGGUUGCAACAAAGGCACAAGGGAUUCCUUUUGGGCUCGCCAAUGGUUUGGACAUUGAUCAGAGAAAUGGAGUUGUGUAUUUUACCGAUAACAGUUGGCGUUACUGGAGGAGUUACAUUCCCAUCAAUUUUAUUUUAGAUAAACGAUUUAUUCACAUAAUUUUUUCCAUCUGA